AUGGACAUGUUGGAGGGUUUUGAUUAUGAAUGGGAACGUGGUUCUUGUAGGUAUUAUGUGGAAAAAGCAGUAAUAUCUUCGAAUCCUCUUACAACAUCGGACUAUGUUUUGGCCCUUAUUCAAGGAUAUCCUCGUUGUUUUGCUUUCUGGAGACCAGGACAGAAGUCCUUUACUAAUGUGGAGACACCUAGACGUGCAUAUUCUGAUAUUACUUGGCAUGGUGGGCAAUUCUACGGUGUUGAUUUUAUGGGCAACAUUAUUAUUUUCGACUUCAGAGGUUCCGAAGAAUAUCCAACUGUAGCAACAGUUGUCAAAGGGAUACCUCCUAGCUUAACUAGGGGCACACAGUUAUACAUGGUACAUUCGUUGGGCGAACUACUGGUGAUCACUCGAGACGGGGCUUUUCUGGAUGAAGAUGGGAGUUAUGGAGUUAAAGAGUUUCAUGUGUACAAGAUUGAUGUGGAUAGGAAGAGUUAUGAAGAGGUUGCGGACUUGGGGAAUAGGGCACUAUUCCUUGGCUCUAGUGCUACUUUGGCUGUUGCACAAGCCUAUAAAAUAGAGGGAUGCAAGGGGAAUUGUAUCUAUUUCACAGAUGAUUGUUGGCAGAGCUAUUUCAAUAUCGAACGAGGUGGUGGGAAGGACAUGGGCAUAUAUAACUUGCUUGAUGGAACCAUUGAGCCUCAUUACACUGGUGAAUCUUACCACAAAUUCAGUCCACCACUAUGGAUCUUCAAGUGA